AUGCUGAGGCCGGGCGGUGUGCAGGAAGCUGCGCAGCUCCCCUCUCGGCGCACCCGCGCCCCUGACCCCGCGCCCGCGACCAGACCCGCGGCCCCCGACGGCUCCCGGGCUUCGGCCCGCCUAGGUCUUGCCUGCCUGCUGUUGCUGCUGCUGCUGACGCUGCCGGCCCGCGUAGACACGUCCUGGUGGUACAUCGGAGCACUGGGGGCCCGAGUGAUCUGUGACAAUAUUCCUGGUUUGGUGAGCCGGCAGCGGCAGCUGUGCCAGCGUUACCCAGACAUCAUGCGUUCGGUGGGCGAGGGUGCUCGAGAAUGGAUCCGAGAGUGUCAGCACCAGUUCCGCCACCACCGCUGGAACUGCACCACACUGGACCGGGACCACACUGUCUUUGGCCGUGUCAUGCUCAGAAGUAGCCGAGAGGCAGCAUUUGUAUAUGCCAUCUCAUCAGCAGGGGUGGUCCACGCUAUCACUCGUGCCUGUAGCCAGGGUGAACUGAGUGUGUGUAGCUGUGACCCUUACACCCGUGGCCGACACCAUGACCAACGUGGGGACUUUGACUGGGGUGGCUGCAGUGACAACAUCCACUAUGGCAUCCGCUUUGCCAAGGCCUUCGUGGAUGCCAAGGAGAAGAGGCUUAAAGAUGCCCGGGCCCUCAUGAACUUACAUAACAACCGCUGUGGUCGCACGGCUGUGCGGCGGUUUCUGAAGCUGGAGUGUAAGUGCCAUGGUGUGAGUGGCUCCUGUACACUGCGCACCUGCUGGCGUGCACUCUCAGACUUCCGCCGUACAGGUGAUUACCUACGGCGGCGCUAUGAUGGGGCUGUGCAGGUGACAGCCACCCAGGAUGGUGCCAACUUCACAGCAGCCCGCCAAGGCUAUCGCCGUGCUACCCGGACUGAUCUUGUCUACUUUGACAACUCCCCAGACUACUGUGUCUUGGACAAGGCUGCAGGUUCUCUAGGCACUGCAGGUCGUGUCUGCAGCAAGACAUCUAAAGGAACAGAUGGUUGUGAAAUCAUGUGCUGUGGCCGAGGGUAUGACACAACUCGAGUCACCCGUGUCACCCAGUGUGAAUGCAAAUUUCACUGGUGCUGUGCUGUGCGGUGCAAGGAGUGCAGAAACACUGUAGACGUCCAUACUUGCAAGGCUCCAAAGAAGGCAGAGUGGCUGGACCAGACCUGA